AUGAAGGCUAUGUGCAAUGUAGAAGUGAGAAAACUACCAUAUAACACCCCACACGUGCACCAUCAUGAAAACGGGGCGUGGAAACUCCUUACUAUCACGGAUCUUCUAAAAGAGUACGGCGCUGUUUUCCUUACCAGUCCCAGAGUUCGCUUCAGAACUCCCAUCACCUUUCUGCUGCCAUUUGUCAAGAAGCACAAUGGAAUCAUUGGUAAAGUGAAUCCUAGCCACAAAACUGUAGAUGUUACGCAUCCCAACGUCUAUCGUGUGUUUAAUUUAAGCCACGUUGCAAAGACUUACCAAAAUGGUUCAAUACUUUCAGAAGAUGCAUUGCUCUUAGUUAACAACUCAGCGAUUUAUACGACGAUGUUAGAACCAUUAAGGGCGUGCGCAUUAAAAUGGAAAUGUAUUGCGCCCGCUGGAGCAACCAAACGCACAGUGAAACCAGUUGGACGAACGCACACCCAUCGGUACGAAAUGUCGAUUUUUACAUUAUUAAUGUACAGAAUCUUUGGUGAUAAAUGGUCACUGGAUACGCAUGUACAGGAUUUAAUGAAUAGGACAUACGAAUUGGUUUCUAGUUCACAUGCAAAUGAUCACCUUUGGGCUCAUUUCUGUAACCCACCGAAGAAAGAAGUAAAUUGUAAAAAAAAUGAAAGUAAAUGCUAAUAUUAAACACAGUAGUAUAAAUUUUAAUAUCAGCCCUGCGCAAUCACGAUAAUUGCUAUUAA